UUUACUUUUACUUCCUCUUAGCAGUGAAGCAGAUGACCUCUGCACAGCAGUGAAGCUCUGCCUCUGUCGCGUUUUACUGCUGAGGAAACAUGAACGCUUACAAUUUUCUGUUUGCUUUGUUUGUAUGUCUUGGAAAUCCAGUUUUUUCAGAGGAAGAUUUUUACCAAGUCAAAGCAUGUUGUUCAUUCAAUGGUCCAAACUUUGACAGGAUUGAAUACAUAAUUACAUCUAGUUUUAACAAGCAAAGAAUGAUGGAGUACAACAGUACAAGAGGAAAYUGGAUUGGAUUUACAAAUUAUUCAAUUGUGGCUUCAUGGUUCUGGAACGAAGACYSUUUCGACCACCCURMAAGAGAAAUGGAAAUGAUUCUAAUGUGUUACRACAAUAUCAAUUAUAUUCAAGCCAUCAGAAACCUGUCAACAACACCCUCCAUGAGGUUAAAAUCAGUGAAACAGCCAAACGGUCGACAUCCAGCCAUGCUUGUGUGCAGUGCCUAUAACUUUUACCCAAAACAAAUUAAAAUAAMCUGGCUGCGAAAUGACCAAGAAGUGACAGAAGGGGUCAGUAAYACAGAUGUCAUCCCAGAUGGCAAAUUGUACUACCAGUUUCAUUCUUAUCUUGAGUACAAACCGACUCCAGGAGAAAAAAUCAGCUGCAUGGUUGAACACUUCACCUUGUCAGAGCCAAGGAUCAUUGUUUGGAACGACUUCCUUCCAGAAGGAGAAAAAUCUAAGAUUAUUCUUGGACUGUGUGGACUAAUCCUUGGUUUGGUUAUCUUUAGCUCUGGAUUUAUUUACUACAAGAAGAAAUGUGCURUAUAUAACUCUGUCCACUACAGUGAGGAGAUGUAAGUUUGUUGUAAGUCACAACAGGCUGCGCUAGCUGCAGCAUAGCACAGAGCAAGGGGGAGGAAGGAUGAGCAGCAACAUGAGAUUAUGAUUGACAGUUAUAUAGCCUGCCUCUUGCCUCUGAUUGGUUGUUUCUAGAUAGUACUGGGAAAAGGCAGAAGAAA